AUGAUGCAUUGUCAAUCGUACGAGCUUAAGAUUGGACUACCGGAAGCCAACGUGCUCCGCUCUAGUCAGGUCUAUGCAAGUGUGAGUUCCACUCCGAGCGUGUGCGAGAUGCAAGCUAUCCUAACCGCUUUUAUAACUCUGCUGCAAACGGUGGUUGCAACACCAGCUCCAUUUGAGCUGACUAUUCGCGAGGCCACACCAAGUCCAGCCAACAUACAAGCCAACUUAGGCUCCAAACUCUGCAAAGGCGCAUCCAUCUAUUUCCCCAGCAGUCCAGAAUUUGGCAAAUUCACCACCAGAUGGAGCAUCGCCGCAGAAGGUGACAUCCUGGUCGUCGUUGUUCCGGCCUGCGCAAAGGAUGUUUCGACUGUGGUCAAAUUUGCGAAUGUCGUGAGCCUGCCAUUCCUAGCAAUCAACCGCGGUCAUGGAACACCAUCAGCGCUUGGCACUAUAAAGCAUGGCAUCCUCAUUCGUCUAGACAACUUGGACGGCAUAAAUGUCGCCGCUGAUGGCCAGACCGCAACUUUAGGCGGAGGCGUCUAUUCUGAUCAGCUGCAUGCGAAGCUGGCAGAGACGAACAAGGUCGCUGGUAAGAGGGAGUUUUCGUUUAUAGAGAUCAGUAUACUAAGAUCGCUCAUAGCGACUGGUUCCUGCGGAUGUGUCGGCAUUGUUGGGCCUGGUUUGGGAGGAGGCUUUGGAAAGUGGGCGACCUUGAAAGAUUCCACUCAAAUACUGCAACUGAACGUCACAACCGCAGAUGGCUCUGAGGUCACGGUGUCCCAAUCGUCCAAUGCAGACCUCUUCUGGGGCAUGCGCGGUGCAGGCCAUAACUACGGCAUUGUUACGAGCUUCAAGCAAAGGAUCUUCGACUACCCAAAUGGGCAGAAUACAUACUACGUGACAUACAUCUUCACGGGAGAUCAGCUGGAAGCAUUCUUCAAUCAGGUCAAUAAGCUUCUCAACAAUGGUACUCUUCCUAAGGACGCCAAUACAUUUGCGCUGUAUCUCCUCAAUCCAGAAGUCAGUGCUAAGCCCGUCAUUAUGUUCCAGUUCUUCUAUUUUGGCACCGCUGCCCAGGCUCUCCCCUACGUCCAACCCUUCCUCAAUCUCCAUCCCGUCGUCGUAUCCAACGCCACAACACUCUACAAAGACCUCGCGCAUGAGGCCCAAAUGACCGGCGUCGGCGAUCCUGUAUGUGCGCCUGGAACAACCAAGUUUCUCGUCCCUGUCGGUCUCAAGGAGUACAAUGUCGAAGCCAAUCGCAAAGUCUACAACCUCUAUUCCGACAUGCUCACGAAGCAUCCAGCGCUGAAUGGGAGUGUUGUUCAACUCGAGGCGUAUGCCCUGGAGGGGUCGAAAGCGAUCGAUCCCGCGGGCUCAGCCUAUGCCCACCGCGAUGAUAAUAUCUUAGUGUCCUUCAGCCUCUCCUACGCCCCAUCACCCGACAAUGACGCCGCCGCCAUCAAGUACGCAAAACAAGCAAGGCAGUACUGGAUUGAAGGCGAGAAUGGAAGGCAGUUCAGUGCGUACACGAACUAUGCGUAUGGCGAUGAAAGCUUGCAGAGUGUAUAUGGCUACGAACCGUGGCGCUUGCAAAGAUUGAGGGAAUUGAAGAAGAAGUGGGAUCCGAAAGGACGAUUCAACUUCUACAAUCCGAUUGUCUACUUAAUUACCUCCGAUGGCCAUUGA